CCGCGCCGCGUCUCGUACCUUUGCCAUCCAUAUUUCCAUCCAAUUCCAUUUCUCUCGUUUGCUCCAUCUACUACUUACUUACUUAUUUCUACAUCCCCGCCACCCACUCCCUCAUACAAUGUCCGCUUCAGAUCCCUCCUCCUCCUCACAGUCCGAUUACGUGACUCUGGUGUCCGGCGAUGGAUUCGAAUUCGUCAUCCCACGCAGCACAGCCUGUGUGUCUGGGACGAUACGUCGCAUGUUAGAGCCGUCUAGUCGUUUCUCCGAAUCCGUUACCGGUCGAUGCGUCCUCGAGAAUAUCAGCGGCAUUGUGCUAGAGAAAGUGUGCGAGUAUUUCUGCUACAAUGAGAAGAAUAAGAACCAGACGUACGUUCCGGAUAUGGAUAUUCCGCCGGAGUUGUGUUUGGAGUUGUUGAUGGCGGCGGAUUAUUUGGAUGCUUGAUUUGAGGUGUGAUUUGGCUUGAUUUGGUCCGUGUAGUGGGAUGGCUUGGGCUUUUACGAAUAACGCGACAUGAUGGCUCUAUGUCUCUAUUGUAUAUCAUAUGGAGUUUGGUGGUUGUGGUUUCAGCUUCUUCACUGAUGGUAGGGUGGCGUUAUGAUCUGGGUAUAUAACUUGGAAGAAUAGACGGAUAUCUUGCUGUCUCUUGCCCCUUUUAGGGGACCCCUCCCUUGCACAUU